CACACCCCAGAUCCCGCUGAGCACGGAAGAGACUAAGGGGGACCAAGGGGAGGCUAGGGAUGUCCUGGGGCCUCUGUGCUCCUCCCAUACCCGGGGUAUUAACGCCCUGCCGCCCAGUGCGCCCCACACUCACUCGACCUGCAGUGUUGUGGGCUUAAUCUUCACCUCCACCUUGUAGGAGGAGCCGGUGAGCAGCUUGAUUGUGCGGUUCUGGCCGAAGCGCUGGCCGUCUACCUUGAAGAAAACAGGGCCGUCAUUGGGCUGGAUGCGCAGCGCGAUGGAAAGGCGCACGAGUCCGGACGUUGGUUGGACCGCCGAAGAUUCCCAGCAGCAAAAGGAGACCAGGUGUAUGGAAUCUGAAAAGGAGUUCCUUCUUCAGCACCACACAGCAUUAGGAAAGCAUGGGCUGUUCAGCGGUCGAGUUCCUUUUUCUGACUUGUCGCCCCACUGAGGGGAAAAGGAUGUCAUCACGUAGUCAUCAGCAGAAGAGAAAUUUCGAAAGAGACCUCCCUGAAAAAGGACAGCCCACAAGCACUACGGCUCUCAGAGGAGACGGAGCUCCUCCGUGAAAGCAUCUGUGGGUCCGGCACGUCUGUCUGUCAGUCAUGGAACCCAAGCGGAUCAGGGAGGGCUACCUGGUGAAGAAGGGAAGUGUCUUUAGCUCCUGGAAGCCCAUGUGGGUUGUGCUCUUAGAAGAUGGAAUUGAGUUUUAUAAGAAGAAAAGCGAUAACAGCCCCAAGGGAAUGAUCCCUCUGAAAGGAAGCACUCUCACUAGCCCCUGUCAGGACUUCGGCAAAAGGAUGUUUGUGUUUAAGAUCACAACAACCAAGCAGCAGGACCACUUCUUCCAGGCAGCCUACCUGGAGGAGAGAGAUGCUUGGGUUCGGGAUAUAAAGAAAGCCAUCAAAUGCAUUGAAGGAGGCCAGAAGUUCGCAAGAAAAUCCACAAGGAGGUCCAUUCGUCUGCCAGAAACCAUUGACUUGGGGGCUUUGUAUCUGUCUAUGAAAGACACAGACAAAGGAAUAAAGGAACAGAAUCUGGAGAAGGACAAGAAGGUUUUUAAUCACUGCUUCACAGGUAGCGAGGUCAUUGACUGGCUAGUUUCCAACAAGUUGGUCAGAAAUCGCCAGGAAGGCCUCAUGAUUUCCGCAUCACUGCUCAGUGAAGGGUACCUGCAGCCUGCUGGGGAUUUGUCUAAGGAUGCAGCGGACGGAAUAGCUGAGAACCCCUUCCUGGACAACCCGGAUGCUUUCUACUACUUUCCGGACAGUGGCUUCUUCUGUGAAGAGAAUUCCAGUGAUGAGGAUGUGAUUCUGAGAGAAGAAUUCAGAGGUGUUAUCAUCAAGCAGGGAUGUUUACUGAAGCAGGGGCACAGGAGGAAAAACUGGAAAGUGAGAAAGUUCAUCCUGAGAGAAGACCCGGCCUACCUGCAUUACUAUGACCCUGCUGGGGGUGAAGAUCCCCUGGGAGCGGUCCACUUGAGGGGCUGUGUGGUGACGUCAGUGGAGAGUAAUCCCGAUGGCAAGAAGAGUGACGAGGAGAACCUUUUUGAGAUCAUCACAGCAGAUGAAGUUCAUUAUUACUUGCAGGCGGCCACUCCCAAGGAGCGUACCGAGUGGAUCAAGGCUAUCCAGACAGUCUCACGGACUGGCAAAUGAGGACACCAUGGAUCAUCAAGGUGAAUCUGACUGGCCAAGAUCCUGCAACCGGGACGACGGAGAUGGAAUUCAACGCCGGAUUCCGAGUUCUCAGUUGGCACUGUGUUUUGCCUUCACUCUCCUCUCGUGCUUCCUGAGUGUAUAAUUUUAAUCUCCCGUUUAUUUAAUAUUCUCCGUAGCAAGCCUUGUAGAGCUGUUCUUCCCCCCAGCACUCAAAUAAAAUGAUAUUGUGUCGAUA